CAGGAUCAUAAUGGACGUCUCCUCUGCACUCUCACAGCUCCGCCAGCCGACGACACUCUCCAUCCUCCAUCUCUCAGAACCACUUCUCACAACAAACGGCAACGCCAACAACAGCAACAAUGACUCCCAGGACGCGUCCUACACCCAACUCAUGAAUGCGCCAUCCUCUCUCUCGGCAGAUCUAGUCCAUUACCGCGAUCUCUUCUCCAAGCUUCGUUUCAGCUACGUCGAACAAGUCACCAAAGAGCGCUUCCUGCGCGCCGUCAUUGCCGACCAGCCGGAGUUUGUCUCUGCAGAAGACAAUGCCGAGCUAGAAGAGAGAUUGAAGACCGACAAAGCGGAACUGAAAGCAAAGAAGGAAGAGGUGCGCGCCCUGAUCGGAGAGCUGGAAGCACAAGGACGACAGCUCGCGCAACGAUAUGAGCAGAUUCAACUUCGGACAUCUCAACUCGAAUCUCUUCCCUCUGAAAUCGCGGAAUUGGAACAGGUCAUCAGCAGACUGAAAGAUGUGCAAGAACCCAAGUCCGAGGAUGCUGAACUUUCCUUGCCUUUGCAGCCUACAAUGGACUUGUUGAGGCAGAGGGAGCAAGAAUUGCAGAGUGUGGAUUUGGAGAUUGCGAGGUUGCAGGCUGCUUUGCCUGCAAAGAAGGCUGAAGUCUCGAGGUUACAGGACGAAUUGGCGCCCAUUCAGAUGCGAAAGUUCAAAGCUGUGGAGGAGGCAAAGGAGGCAAGGAGACGACGAGAAGGUGGUGGGAAUGGGGAAGCUGAUGAGUUGGAGGAGAAGGGAAGGUGGUUGAGAGGAGUGGAGGGGAGUCUGAAGGCCAUGUUGGAGGUUUGACCUACAAUUUUCUGUCUGGUUGGUCGAUGGACGUUUCGGCGGUUGGUAAAGCAGGAUGAUACCCAUUGAUGCCGUGGGCAAGGCGACAAUUAUGGGAGAGCGAAGAACAAACGCACGUGCGUUAUCACCUUCUUCCACAUUGCUUCGGAAAGACUCAAGCAGCCAGCAGUGGAGUUGAUGAUCCUUGACUUCACUUUGCGAAGUCUGUCUGUGGUGCUUCACCUGAUGCUGUUCCCCUCCGGAUUUCCAAAUGUGGUAGGUCCCACCAAGAUGCAACCAAGGAUAACACGGACAGCCUCGCCGCUCGGUGCAUCAGGAACCGCGUAUCAUGCUCUUCCAGUCCAUAUUUGUUGUCAAUAGACCUGCUCGUAGCCUGGAUUUUGCUCCCGGAUCAGACCAUACUUCUGGAGGAUUUGGUGUGUUUACAUUCACGUCUGCAGGGUGAACCGCCACGUGAGCACUCAAAGAUUGUCCUGAUUGGGAGAUGGGCGUCGCUGGAAUGUGUGGGUAGUAUUAGCCUGAAUGCAGGUUGAUUCACACCUCCCCAGCAGCCUCUGAGCUCUCCGCAAUCGGCAAUUACACCAACAAAGCCGACCUCACCUUCAGAUGUAUCAUGACAGAAGCACAACAUUCCUGCCUUUGACGUACACUCUCGUGACCACAAAAGAAAAUCCCUGGUCCCAAACUACGGAGAAUCCACCGCCAUUAUUUUCUAGUACCAGAUCCAAAAUCUCAAGACCAACCCACCAUCAUGUCCUCUUCCGCCCCGGAAAGCAGCAGUAACAACAACAACAACAACCCACCACCACCAUCGCCCAAAAAUCCUCACGCCCAAUUCGCCCAAUACCCCUCUUUAAAAUCCAAAAUCAUCCUCAUCACCGGCGGAGCAGAAGGCAUAGGAGCCUCCUGCGUCUCCCAAUUCGCCCACCAAAACUCCCAAGUCCUCUUCCUCGACAUUUCCACCUCCUCCGCCCACCAUCUCAUCUCACGCCUUCGCGAAGAAGGAGUUUCCCCGCUGCCAAUUUUCUACCACUGCGACGUGACCAAUCUACCACAACUCCAAUCCGUCUGCGAGGAGAUUUUGCAAACAUUUGGAAAAGUGGAUGUCUUGGUGAAUAAUGCCGCUGCAGCAGGCCAAUUAGCGCGUGAGGCGACACAGGAUGUGACUGAGGAGACAUUUCAAUGGGGCGUAAAUGUGAAUUUACGCCAUAUUUUAUUUCUGACCAAGUGGAUUGCUCAUUCAAUGAUAUCAUCAUCAUCAUCCGAAAAUGAUACUACUACUACUAGUCCUACCAGAACCGGCGGAUCCAUAAUCAACAUGGGCUCCAUCACGUGGCGAAUCCCAUCCACAGGAGUCCCCGUAUACGCCAUGUGUAAAGCAGCAAUAAUGGGUUUGACGCGAACGCACGCACGAGAAUUUGGCACACAUGGAAUUCGAGUGAAUAGUGUGUUGCCGGGGAGUAUUGCGACAGCGAGACAAUUGGAGGAGGUGUUGAGUGAUGAGAAAUAUGUACGAGAGACGUUGGAGGCGCAGGCGUUGAAGAGAAUGUUGGGGCCGGAUGAGGUGGGGAGGUUGGUGCUGUUUUUGGCGAGUGAGGAUGCGAGUGCGAUUACGGGGAGUAAUUAUGUGUGUGAUGGGGGGUGGGUGGGGGAUGUAUAG